AUGUAUCAGGACUUUACGAUGACAAGUCGUUUCCGUGGCAAGUACCUCUCCGUGAUACCGUCGGACACACAUGUCUAUUUUCCGGGUACCAAGAACCAUUAUUCAUAUAAGAAGAUAACGACAACUGUUCACAAUAUUAUUGUCGGUAAGCUUUGGAUCGAUAAUCAUGGAGAUAUGGAGAUCAUCAACCAUGGUACGGGCGACAAAUGUGUUGUGAAGUUCUUCCCGUACUCCUACUUUAGUAGAGAAGCGCCUAGGAAGGUUGGUGUACUUUUGUAUAUUUUAGUUCCUCCAUCUUUAAAUUCGUUAGUAAUGGCUACCGAAUUCUUUUUUUUUUUCGAUCUGCGAGUUCCCCUUGUUCUGAGAGACUUUAUCCCUUUAUGGCUAGUGCAGUCAUACAGUGUUCUUCGCUGCGAACGCUCGGGCGUGUUAGGGAGGACGGGGAGGUCUACGGUGCUGGCGCUUAGCGGCAUUCACCUUUCCAUGGUUGUGAAGCUAGUGGCGUCGCGCCCAUGGUGGGAAAACGCGGCUAGCGCCGACCGCUCCCAAAUCCAACUCGACCAAAACACCCACAUCCGCAGUGAAGAAACGAAACUGUAA